UCAGCUUCUGUAAACGGUCUGGUAAAUUCAUUCAACACUUUUAGUUGAUAUCUAGGUUAGCUUCUAGUAUAACAUGUUAACCUUUCACCCGGUUUCCUUUGUUUGUGUGUGAUAAAGAGACUGCUAUUAUUAUUGUUUGUGUGUCGUGUUCGCGAGACGCGCUAUCUCGGGUCGGAGGGCCGCAGUCAGCCGCGCACCGCCCGCCAUGUCGCCGCCCCUGCUGCUGCUGCUGCUGCUGGCCUGCGCGAGCCCCGCACUCCUCACUGAUUCGGAGUGCGUCAUCGAGCUGACGUGCUCGGAGUGCGUGCCCGAGCACAUGCCGCUGGUGACGUCACACCGCGCGGUCGCCGGCGUCCUGCGCAUGCCCGCCGGCGACGAGCUGCGCCUCGCUUGUCCCCGCGGCCGCUUCCUGACCUACCCGCACCACGCCGCCCUCGCCGUCCUCUGCGAGGCGGGCCGGCUGCGCGUGCGGCACGACGGCGUGUUGCGCCACCUUCUGCAUCUCGGCUGCCAGGACGACGUGUUCGAGGACGUGCCGCACCAGGUGGAGUUCUGCGCGCCGCCGCUGCAGGGACGGGCGUACCGGGUGCAGGAGGCUCACGGCGCGCGGCACCUCGCCACGCUCUGCUUCGACCAGGACCGCGGCGUGGCGAGCUACGCGCGCGCCGGCAACGCGCCCGACGGAGCGCUGCCGCUGCCCCCGCACGAGGAGAGCUCCGCGCCGCGCUCGCUGCUCGCCAACUUCAACCAGAUGUUCGACUCGGCCACGAGGCGCGCCGCCGACCGCCUCUACUCCGACGACGACCGCCUCCACCGCCGCCUGCGCGAGAUUCUCAAGCACGACCGCUUCUCGUUCGCGGAGCAGACGCUCACCUCGGUCUCGCUGCUCGCCCCGGCCUACUUCGACGACCAGAACGUGCGCGUCGCCGACUUCGCGUCCAACAGGGUGGCGGCGUGGCGCAGCGUCGCCGCCGGCAACCUGCGGCACCUGCAGCGCGACGUGGCCCGGCUGCUGGUCGCGGCGCGCCCGCACCGGCACCUCGAGGUGUACGCGGGCACUCACGGCGUGCUGGCGCUGCGCACGGGCGGCGACAGGACGGAGGUGUUCCUGGAGGCCGAGCGGUUCCCGGUGCCGCGGUACGUGUGGACGGUGGUGCAGGAGGCGGGGUCGCGGCGCGCGGUGGCGGUGGUGGUGCUGAACGACCCGUUCGUGUCGGUGAGCGAGGUGCGCGAGGCGGUGUUCUGCGAGAGCUUGUGCGGGCGCGUGUCGUGGCUGCAGGAGCUGCGCCGACACCGACACUACGAGAGCGCGGUGUACGGGCUGACGUUCUGCUGCGCGGUGCACGAGGCCGCACGCCGCAUGCCGGAGGUGCCGGCGGGGGCGCUGGCGGCGGUGCCCGCCGGGGACGCCGGCCUGCUCACAGACCUCCUCUAGCCGAUCCGACCUUACCUUCCAACGACGUUCUCGACUCGGAGAAUUAAUAUUUAUCUAUGUACUACUGCAUGUUUGCACUUUGUGUUUUUCUACAGUUUGUGACACUCACUACAUGUAUUGUAAGAAUGAUCAAUUUGGCGUCGACAUUGGUUGAAUUUUCUUGUGUACUGUAUUUAAAAGUUAAAUAUAAACUUUUAAAUUCCCUCAACGACGUAAUACAAUUAUGAAGCAACAGAUACUAUUUUUUGUUAUAAUCUAAUAAAACCAUUA